AUGAACUUCAGUCAAAGUCCUUACGAAUCUCUCGCUCAAGUACCAGAACGAAGAAUUGGAUUGACGCCGCCUUCCUACGAGUCGCUCCAAGAUGGUAUCAGCCACACAACUGAAGCUAGUGAUAUCCCUACUGUAACACAACCACUAUCAGGCUUCGAUCCAGCAGAACAGAGAAAGUCCCAUGUUAUUUCAAUGGUUCGGGUUUCUAGUGAGCAAUCCCGUAUCGAAGGAUGGCCAGCAGAGCCUCGAAGAUUGAAAGACAAGACCUUGUUGACGUUGUUCUUCAAUCUGUGCGAAGCGUUAGUCACCCUGGCGCCGAUAGCUUUCAUCANNGGGCCUUCAAUAUAUCCUAUUAUGUUUGCAGCAGUGGCCGGCAAAUCCCUCAAGAUCUUUGCAAGGUACUAUGCUGAGCGAGGUACGAAGCUUGGUGUUCUAGAAUUGCUUCUAGCAAGCCAAACGGUAUGGGGCACGUUCGAGAGUCAGGUCCUCUUGAGACGUUUCACUCUCUUCGGUGCUCAUCUGUUUCUUCUCUGGUGCCUAUCUCCUCUCGGCGGCCAAGCAACUCUCAGAAUACUGGAUAUCUCCACGGCAGCUCAGGUUGCUGGCGGCGAGUCCGUUUUGUACCUUCCAACAGGUGGCAUGAGCUCUCAUGGCAUAGAGAAUGGCGUUCUGGCUUCUGGUGAUGCGGCUACCUCAUUGGCAGCCAUUAAUGCUCUCUACAGUGCCAACUUGCUCGCGCCUCUAUCUGUCAAAAGUUCUGACGCGGACACAUGGGGAAAUGUUAAAAUUCCAUGGCUACCAGUCCCGAAUUUGUCUGCACACAACCCAUUGCCCGGCAACUGGAGUACUGUUCCAGACCUCAUCUCAGCUGAUAACUACACUUCUCUUGUUGGACUACCCCUGGCUGGCUUGAUCAGAAAGCGUCAGAUCUUCCAAGAGUUCAGCUUCGACUAUGCUUACAUGGAUCUUAAAUGCCAUCUUCCAGCCUAUAAUAUAUCGAACAAAGAUCCCGACUUUGUUAAACACCUCGGCCUCGUCUGGUCCUCCAACAACAAAUCAAUGUUCACGAAUGAUGCGAAGAAGACCAUCACCUCAUUCUUUCUUGACACCCACACGCCAAUGUCCGACAAGCGAGUGGACAAUGUUCUGCUUGACCAGAACACUACAGCACGUUCAGAUGUAACCUUGCAAUCUCCAAGAAACAUUCUCUUCGGCAGCUUGGACUCGACUUCGUCAACAGUACUUUUGCGGAAUUGUACAGUAGAGCAAAUCUACCUCGAAGCUCAGGCUCAAUGUACCGAUGAUGGCUGCAAAGUGCAUACAGUCCGUCCAUCUAUCAAGUAUCGGAACCGCAAUCCGAAUCUAACACUACUCGAGUCCUUCGUGUUGAGUUAUCAUUUCAUGCAAGAUUUUCCGCUAGCGACUGGCAGUAUACACAAUGGCGAUACAUCCCCUACAGAGUAUUAUGUUAGAGGAGCGCAUAUGCCUUUUGGUGCAGCAACAGCAGGGCUGUCUGGGCUUGCAGACAUUCCGAACGAUAUCUUUGCCAUCCGUAUGGGACAGCUGAUGAAUACGUACUUGCAACUCUCACUUGCUCCCUUAGCAUAUACAGGCGAUCUCCCCCGUCCUAGCGGAGAUAUCUGGAAGACUUCGAACCAAUCUAUCAUCACAGAAGUGUACGACGACACUCUGCCACCAUUCCUACCAAUAUCUUCCAAUACCACAAUCACGAGGACCACUGAAGUAUACAAAUGCAAUUAUCUAUGGCUCGCAUUUCUUCUGGUCUCAUCGUGUAUACUUCUCCUGCUCGGAUCAGCAGGUACUGCUUUGAGCCACCUGUGUAACGCUCCCGAUAUGAUGGGUUAUGUCUCCAGUUUCACGUACAACAAUCCGUACAUGAGUGUACCGUCUGGUGGAGAAUCUCUAGGUGCUAUGGAGAGAGCACGCCUGUUGAGAGACGUUAAAGUCAAGAUUGGCGAUGCCAGAGUCGACGACGAAGUUGGCCACGUUGUUUUCGCAACUCUCGACCGUGCUGACACUAUCGGAGAUUUGAGCCUUACGAAGCGUUACAGAUGA